AAACAAUUAUUCCGUGCGCGUAAGGUUCCUAUGAACUUGUAUAUGUGCCUUUGUCAAGCUCUUAGACUAUACGCUGCAGAAUAUAUCCCAACUAUUUAACGUCUGUUAUAGACCAUUUCACGUGUAGUCGCGUUUGCGCGCGCCCUGACAACGCAUGUGUAUAUUGUUACGAACAUGUGAACGGAUUACGAGUCGGCAUAAAAGCUUUUUGGUGUUUUAAAAUUUAAAAAAAAAUAACAGGUUUUUUUUUAAUCUGUGACUGGUGUGAGCAAUGUUGUUUUUUGUGUUCAUCAUUUUGCCGGGAUAUUUAUCUGUCAAAUGUGACGAUGCGAGUAACUACUACGUGAUAGAAAUGCCAACAGAUGUGACCACAGUGAGGUCACAGAAACCAUUCAACGUAUACUGGAAUGUACCAACCAUGCAAUGCAAGUCUAAGAAAAUACCAUUUAAUAAUCUUUAUGAGAAAUAUGGAAUCAUACAAAAUGCAAACGAUAGCUUCCUUGGGGAAAAGGUAGCGAUUCUCUAUGACCCUGGUCUUUUUCCUGCACUCCUGAAGAAUGAGACCAGCGGGAAGUUCAAGUUCAGGAAUGGAGGUGUACCCCAAGAAGGGAAUAUUACAAGCCAUCUUGAUGCGUUCAGAUCUACUGUCGAGAAGAGUAUACCGGAUGAAAAAUUUGAUGGUAUAGGCAUAAUAGACUUCGAGUCAUGGCGGCCGGUCUUCCGACAAAACUUUGGCGUGCUGGUGCCGUACAAGGACGUGUCUGUGCAAAUAGAGAAGAAGUUGCACUGGUGGUGGCCUAACACAUGGCUGCAGGAAGAGGCGAAAGAUCGUUUCGAGGAGGCAGCGCGUCAGUUCAUGCAGAGCACAGUGUCGGUAGCCAAGCAGUUGCGGCCGCGAGCUCGUUGGGGCUACUACGGCUUCCCUUAUUGCUUCAAUGUCGCCACCAACAACCCCGGCGAGGCCUGUCCCGCUAACGUCGUACGGGAGAAUAACCAGAUAAAAUGGCUAUGGUCAGAGAGCACGGCAUUAUACCCUUCAAUAUAUAGUUCUGUGAACUUAACAAGCAAACAGCUGACGUGGCUGGUGCGGGGGAGGGUGAGUGAGGCUGCGCGUGUGAAGGGUGGGGGAGGGGGUGGGGGAGGGGGCGCCCCUAUAUUGCCAUACUUCUGGUUCAGGUACAGGGACGCCGGAUUUAUGACUGAGCAGGACUUAGACACUGUUCUUAAAACGUUAUACAAAUCAGAAGCAUCAGGCUUCAUCAUCUGGGGAAGUUCAAAUGAUGUUAACACCGUAAACAAAUGUAAUAAACUGCAAGAAUACGUAAAUAAAACACUUGGACCUGCCAUCGCGAAAUAUGUUAAAUAUGGUAUAAGAUUAGAGGACGAAACUACUACUAUCACUUCUGAAACUAUAACAGAAAAUGAAAUUAUUGGAACUACGAUUAAUUAUCUAAGUAAUGGAUCUAUAGAUGUAUUUCCAAGUAAUGUGACUAGUCAAGAUUCGGUGACAAAUUCAAAUAAAACAAUAAAUAUCAAACUUGAUAAUGUCGAAAUUCAAAUAGAUCCAUUCAAAUUUGUACCACAAGGUACAUAUGAAGGAAAUAUAGUCCAAGAAGUUGAAGAUGAAUUAAAUAAAAAAUCUGAAUACAAUAUAUCUGAUAACACUGUUGAUGACAUCAAAGAAAUAGACAACAAAGAUCACAAAUACGACCUUAUAGAAAUAUUUAUGAAUUUAAUGAAUCCAAAAAGCAAUACUGAUAUUAAAAAAGAUAAUUUGACAAGUUAUACAUCAAUACCAUUUUUAGCUUAUUUUACGAUGCCAAAUAAUACUGAAGUUAAUGUUAAUAAAAACAAUUUAAAUGAUGAAAAUCUAGUAACAAUUUUAGAUGACGUCACAACAGAAUAUACUCCAUCAGUAACAUAUAAAGAUAACGAUUACAAUGAAGUAAAUACAAUAUUAUAUGAAUUAAAUAAUUUAGUUGCCAAAAAAGAAACAUUUAAUAAUGAAAAUUAUAUAAAAACAGAACAAACGACACAAGAAAUUCUAACUGAAUUAGAAACUACACAAGAAAGUAUAAAAAAUUAUGAAACAAGUGUACUUUUUAGUACAACUGAAUCCCAAACAUAUUCAACAACAGAACUAAAUACAGAAGAAAAUAUAUUUGAUACAACAACAUAUAUAGAAACUACAAAAGAUAAUGAAAAUAUAGAAAUAUACACUGAAAGUGAAAUAUCUGAUAAAACUGAAAUCACUGAAAAACUAGAUGAAUAUACAGAAACAAGUACAGACUUUACAACUGAACUACCAACUUCAGGUCUUAACUUAGAAGUAACAGAUGGAUAUAUCAAAUAUUCAACAAAUACAGUAUACGAAAAUUUAUUAGAAAAAUCAACAAAGGAACCUUUAGAUACAUACGAUGAAAUAACUGAAAUAUUAGAAGAUUCAGAAAAUAAAAUAUCAAAAAAUACAAAUAAUGAACUAGAAUACAAUUAUACAGAUUACAGUCUACCUUCAACUAUACCUGAUAAGGUAUCUCCAAGCAACGAAGCUUGCCGCCAAAAGGAUAAGUAUGUGGUAGACCACGUAAGUCUGGACGUAACCCAAGCACACACAACUCUGCAGUCCACAAAAACUUUACAGGUCUGA